AUGGCAGCAGAAGUUGCGACGCCCUCGGCGAUCCAUAUGGCGUCCGAGCCAGCUCCUGGUACAUUACUCGAUGACCUUGCGUUGCCGGACUUCGACCCUGCCAUCCACCUAGCUUUCCGACCACCUGCCCAAUGCCACACGUUCAGCGACGUCGGUUUGCAGAAGCCCCAGAAUGUCCCGGACCUCUGCUACACGGAUCCGUUCCCCCUCUUCUCUGAAGAGGGCGUCCGUAUCCUGAGACGCGAGAUGCUCAGCAAGCGCAUACUGGACAACUAUCUCAAGUCGUGGGAUCGAGCUCCGGCUUAUGUCGCCGGGCAUGAGAGGACCGCGAAAUUCAUGCUCCAAGCCUGGACACACCCCGCCACCCAAGCGGCCAUCGACAGAGCAGCCGGGUUCCCCCUGCGGCCGCUCAACAAAGUAGGCGACCUAGGCAUGCUCAACAUCCAGCUGGGUCCUGAAGGCCUACCGGGUGUGUACAAGCUCACAGAGACUCCCUCGCCGGCACAAUCGCCCCUGGACAUCAAAGUGUCCAAGUACGACAGCGUGCCGAUCGACGCGUGGCACCGGGAUCAAGUCCCCGUCGUGUGCGUGGUCAUGCUCAGCGACUCCAGCACCAUGGAAGGGGGGGAGACGGCCAUCAAGACCGGCGACGGGUCCAUCGUCAAGGUCAAAAGCCCGACCAUGGGCGGCGCGGUGAUCAUGCAGGGCGGAGUCACAGAGCAUGCGGCUUUGCGGGCGACAAAUGUGCCCGAGCGGAUAAGCAUGGUGACUAGCUAUACGUACGCGGACCCCAAUUUGGAUGACCAGUACACGACGCUUCGGAGCGUGGAUCCCGCGAACGACGAUAUCCCUGUCAUGUGCAACCAGUACUUGCAGGAGAAGCUCAUUCGUCUGCGAGGGCGCGUGGACUCGGUUCUGGCGACUCUGAUGGAGAAGGAGAAGAGUGGCGAGAUGAUCGAGCGGGAGGAGGUGGAACGCUGGGUCAAGGAGCAGACGGAGUUUCUGCGCCGCAGUGCUUGGGAGAUGUACGAGCGGAUUCCGAAUUUCUUGCACAAGGACGCUCCCGAGGAUCUUGUUCGAGAGUACCUCAAGUAG